AUGGCGUGUCCACAAGACGCUCCCCAGCAGCGAUUGCAGGAAGAGCUGCAGCCGCAGGCUCCAGAGGUUUGCUGCUGGCGCUUUGAGCCCGUGAAGGCACUGGGCAGGGAGGGAGUCAUCGUGUUAUCUGCCAAGCGUCUGCUUUUCGCAUCGCAUAAAGGGAGCCCUAGCAAAAGCGCUGAUGGCGAGGGCGACGCUAGUGCCAGCAUUCCCAGCAGUAGCAGCAGCAGCUCCUCUUGCUGGGAGCUGCUGCUGCAGUUUCCUCUGGCCGCGUGGACUGCAACUGAGCGCUCAAAGAAAGCCGCAAAGGCGCGCAUGUCGUAUUUCGUUCCCACAGCAGCUGCUGCUGCUGCUGCAGAGGCGGCUGGGGGGGGGACGGGAAUGGCAGUGCAGUCUGUGGUUGUUGACUUCUUGGGAGUUCGCGAGAAGAUGGAGCUCUGCUGCCGCUCUCUGCAGACGUUAGCCUCCGCGUCAAGAACUGUCCAAUCCAGCAGCAGCCUUCUAUGCCCCUUGGAAGUACCACUGCUGCUGCAGCUGCUGCAGCUUCCCGCAGAGACUCCGCUGCGAAUCGCGCCGGCCUUAUUGCAGCAGGAAGAUCUGCGGCAGCAGCAGCUGCAGCAACAGCAGCAACAACAAUUGCAACAGCAGCAGGCACAGCUGCAGCAAUUGGAGGGGCCUCAAAGCGAUCGGCAAGAAUCCGAGGCUGCAGGCAGUGCAGCAAAGGCAGAAGGCGCAUCUGCAGCAGCACCAGCAGCGACUGACAGACAGCAUGCUGCUUUCCUAGAACCGUCUGCUGCUACAGCAGCUGCCCCUCUUUCACCUCCCGAACCACCGAGUCUCGAGAAGCUGUUGCAGCAGCAACGACAACAGGAGUCUGAACAGCUGCAGCAGUUCCAGCAGCAGUUGCUGCAGCAAAAUCGAGAGCUAAUGGCAGUCUAUCAGGCGCUUGUAGGACCGCCUGACGCGCAUCAGAGUGUAGAUGCCACUUCCCAUGGGGGCUUAUCGGACAGUGAAUUCUGGAGGCUGCAUCAGCAGCAGCUGCAAGCUCUCCAACCCCAACCAGCACCUGAGGCUGUCUCCGCCUCCUUCUUGUCACGACCUCCGCAGUAUCAUAUGGGGCCUCCCCAGUCUGGACAGGCAGGCUUGCCUGCAGAGCUGGUAGUCGACUGCAGCGAGCAAAUGCUUAGUCAGAUCCUGAAGGAAGACUCCACCAUCAGGACUGCGCACGCUGCCCUCGUAGAAACAGGGCGUAUGGCUGCUGACCGCUUCUGGGGUCGCAUCUUUCGCUCACAGUACUUCCAGAGAGGCAUCGGCCUCCCUGAGAGGCAGAAGGAGUCAGACGAUGCAGAGGCUUCGGCUUUUGUGGCGGCGUUUUUGAAGGAAACGCCCCUCUCAGCACGUGAUACACUAUCGCUACCAGGGAUAGAGAGGACGCUACUCUCGGAUGCCGACUUACGGGUGAGGGGCUUUGGACUGCCAGAUGGUUUGUCGUCUUUGGCAGGUGAUCUCGCGGAGCUACCCGUGCCGCCUUCUUUAGGGUCUGCUGCGGCUCCCUCUGGUGAUGCGACUGCCACUGCAAGCGUCGGCUGCCUCGUGAGUCGCUUCAACCGUCACUCUCAGCGCCUCCUGUUGCAGCAACUGCUGCAGCCAGCAGCAGCUGCCGCAGCCAUCAGCGAUACGACCGGCCCUCAAGAGAAGCUGCAGCUGCUACUGCAGCAGGAGCAGCGCAAGAAACACCCCAGAACCUCUGCAGGGGCUAAUAUGAGCAUUCCAGCAGUACCCGCGAGCGAAGCAGCCACUCUGGGUUACGGAGUCUUGGAAGAAGAAGCGCCGUUGCUGGCGUCACUGCGCCUUGAAGAGCUGAACGACGCUGCACCCGCCAGAUACCAGACUCUUGAAGUGAGCAGGCGGCAGCUCUACGCCGCUGGUUCUCGCGUCUCUAAGGGCAUGUCUCCAGCGGCUUCUGCGGAAGCCGUCAGGGGGGGCCCUUCCUCAGCUACAGCAGCAGCAGCAGCAGCAGAGGCAACAGCCGGAGCGCCACGAGGCAAGGGCGCCGCAAACGCAGCAGACACAGACACGGCCACAGCAGAGAACGCUCAAGCCGCGCAAGAAGCCAAGGCUGCGCAUGCCUGGCUGUGGGCGCAGAAAGAGCGAGCAAACGAGAGGAACAAAGGCGCUCUCCAGGCUGCAGAGGAGGUGGCAGCAGUCUACGAGACUGGGCGCUAUAUGUUCGUCUUCAACACGAAACUGUGCCAAAAGGAUAAGGCAGCUCAGGUUGCAACGCUGGACUAUGAGCUGGCCACGGUAAAUGCAGUGAGAACCCGACAGGCCCGCUUGGGAGAGUUGCUGCGGCACUUCUACAGCACAACGUUGCCAGAGGACAAGAAGAGGACACGACUUGUUCAGGCGCUCGAUGCGAUCAAAGCGGAGCUCGAGAACUCCCAAGAUUUUUCCGGAGGGUUCACUGGUGCUGCAACGAAGGCCCUGAGUGCCCCACUUGUGGAGCAAAUUACGGCAGCUCGCCGCCAUGCGAACCGCCUACAUCGACUCCUGCAGGCGGCCAGAGAGAAACGUGCAACGCAGCAAAUCAGGCAAUCGGGGCAGCUAAAGCAACAGGCUUCUGUAGGCUGA